AUGUAUCUAGUUCUUGCCGUCGCUGGCCUCGCCAGCCUAUAUAUUGUUGGUAUAUUGUUCUCUCGCGCAUCGUCCCGCGCAUCCCUGCCACCAGGCCCGAAGCCACUGCCGAUUGUUGGCAAUGUGCGCGAUCUGCCCGCGUCUGGCUCUCCAGACUGGGUGCACUGGCUGAAGCACAAAGAGCUAUAUGGGCCUAUCAGCACGGUGUCUGUUCUCGGCCAGCGCCUCAUCAUCCUCAAUGAUGCUCGACUUGCAUUCGAACUGCUGGAGAAAAAGUCCGUGAUAUACUCGGACCGCCCUACACUGCCGUUUGCCACUCUAUGUGGCUUGGAUGGCACGGUAUUGAUGCAACGGUACGGCAAACGCCUUCAGACCUACCGCAAGUACAUCCAUCGCGAGCUGGGCUCCAGCCUCAGCGUUUCGCGGUUUAAUAAAGCCCAAGAGACUGAGGUCCGUCGCUUCCUGGUCUGCCUGCUGGAUGCGCCCCAGCGUUUACCACAGCAUGCGAGGAAGCUUGCCGGGGCCUUGACUCUCAAGUUCCUGUACGGCUAUCGCAUGGACUACACCGCGCCAGAUCCCCUUCUGGACUUCAUCGACAGGACUAUGGAAAAGGUUCUUGCGGCGCUCGUCCCCGGGACAUGGCUAGUGGACGCUGUGCCUAUCUUGCGACACGUCCCGGCGUGGUUCCCAGGCGCAGGCUUUCGACGAGUCGCGCAACUGCUUGGGAAGGAUCUUCAGGCUAUGGCAGAUGUCCCGUUCAGAUUUGUGCAAGAGCAAACCAAUUCACACAGCGUCGAGGCCGAGGCUUCGUACGUCGGUAAUCUUCUGCAAGACAGGGACAUCCCUUCCGGGUCCGAGCAAGAGACCGACGUCAAGUGGAGUGCCCUCUCACUCUAUUUUGGAGGUGCUGACACGACCGUUUCAACGAUUUCAUCGUUCUACAUGGCAAUGGCUCUAUAUCCGGAUGUGCGAAAACGCGCCCAGGAAGAGAUUGACCGUGUAGUUGGCCGAAACCGACUGCCGGGGUAUGAGGAUCGCGACAAUCUGCCGUACACCGACGCAAUAGUCAAAGAGGCCCUUCGGUGGCAUCCCGUCACGCCGAUGGGCGUCGCUCACAGCUUGAUGGAGGAUGAUGUCUGUGAUGGCUAUCACAUCCCGAAGGGAUCCAUCAUCAUGCCCAAUAUCUGGGCCUUCUGCCACGACCCAAAGGACUACAAAGACCCCAUGAGCUUCAACCCGGAGCGCUUCCUCGGCGAUUCCCCCGAGCGAGAUCCGCACUCGCUGGCCUUUGGCUUCGGGCGGCGCAUCUGCCCUGGUCGAAUCCUUGCAGACUCAAACCUGUACCUCACUAUUAGCACGUCGUUAGCGGCCUUCGAUAUCGGCAAGGCUGUCCGCGAUGGCAAGGAAGUAGAUCUUCAACCGCACUUUGUACCGGGCAUGGUCAGCCAUCCGGCGCCGUUUGUGGUGGGUAUCAAGCCGAGGGAUCCAAAGUAUGAGGAGAUAAUCCGGUCUGUGGAGGGCGAGCUUCUGUGGGAGACGAGGGACGCAGAUAUGGUCCGGGGAAUGCUUAAAUAG